GCUGAUGAUCAAAGGAUGAAAAUCACUGAGACUUUACUAAUGAAACAACAACGGGUGUUCCCAGGUUUCUUACACACAGCUGCAUUUCCUCUCUGCGCUUAAAACAGAAUAGAGAGACUGUGUGUCUGUGUGUGUAGGGGGGAGAGAGAGAGAGAGAGAGAGAGAGGAAGGAAGAGGGAGGGAUUGAAAAGAGGAAAGUGGAGAGGAGCCGGAGUUUUUAGGUUUUCUGAGCAUCUGGAUAUUUGGCUGGAUCUACAGACAGAGAACAAGAAGAGUUUUGGAUGUAUGGAAGAUCACCUGAAACCAGAGGAAAAGACGAAAAAAAAUCCCACACACAUCAAAAGAGGAGCGGAGGAGAGAGAGGAGGACAUAAGGAGAAGAAGUUCUUUUUCUAACGGGACAGGAGGAUAGUUGCCAGACCAGCAGGAAUGUUGCCGGUGAUCCUGACAGUUUACCUCAAUGACACCCAGCAGAUGCUAACUGAGGUCCCGGUUACUCCGGCAACCAGAGUGGUUGAUGUGGUUGAAUACUGCAAAGAGGCCGGCGAGGGGGAAUGUCACUUGGCUGAAGUGUGGAACGGGCAUGAGCGAGUUCUCCCCCAGGAGCUGUUAUUGUUGGACCUCCUUCAGCAGUGGGGGGCCCGGAGGCCUGAGGUCAGCUUCUACCUCAGACACUGCCCCUCCUGGGCACAAGGAAGUCAGCAGCCUCUGGAGCAGAGCUGGACCUCGGAAGAGAGCGCUAAUGACAGGGUUCCCCGUGUGGAGCUGACCCUCUCUGAGCUCCAGGAAAUGGCCACAAGACAACAGCAACAAAUAGAGGCUCAGCAACAGAUGUUGGUCGCCAAGGAGCAGAGGCUGAGGUAUCUUCAGCAGGGAGGCAGAUCUAACCAGGGACAGACACAGUCGGAAGCUGAGAAGCUGCAGCGGUUGAAGGAGCGAGUGGAGACUCAGGAAGCAAAGCUGAAGAAGAUCCGCGCCAUGAGAGGACAAGUGGACUACAGUAAACUGAUCAACGGAAACCUCUCUGCAGAGAUCGACCAUGUGAGCAGCCUGUUCCAGGAGAAGCAGGCGGAGCUGCAGUCUGCAGUGGUCAGAGUGGACCAGCUGACUCAACAGUUGGAGGAUUUGAGGAGAGGGCGCCUUCAGUUGCACUCUGUUGCACCAGCUCAGGGGGCACCCACUGGGCCACAUGGUGUUUCUACUGGCCAGAAAGGAUCGCCCCUGUCUGGCCCUGCAGCCCUAGAGCUGAGGAAACUCUACCAGGAGCUGCAGGCUCGUAACCGCCAUAACCUGGAGCAGAGCAGUAAGUUGGCCCAGAACAAGGAGCUGCUGAACAAAAGGAACGCCCAGGUGACGGUGAUGGAUCAGCGCAUCGGAGACCUGAGAGAACGACUGCAUAAGAAGAGAGCAGAGUUAAGCCGUAUGAAUGGAGGAGGUCUGUCCUCCCCUCAAACCUCCUCCCACCCUGGUGGUGGAGUUUUGGGACGAGUGGCGGCUGUCUGCCCCUACAUCCAGGUUCCAGCUGAGGGGAGACAGGAGGCUGGGUACCUCCUGCCAGCUGACCCACCACCCAAACCCACUCCGCUCAGCCACACCCGCUCCCUCUCAGAGGAGGACAGGAGUGGCGUCAGGAACCCUCCCAGCCAAUGGAAAGUGUCAGAUUUAGACAUCGUGCUGUCAGAGCCCACUGAGACGUGGGAGGGACCUCGGUCCCCUCAAGGGGGCGACAGUAACAACACUAAUGAAGCAUCAUGGCCGAGCAUCAGUAAGAGUGUGUCAGACUGGAGGACCAACAGUCCAGAACAGCGUCCCUCUGGUUACGGUACAUACCCGAGUGCCACCCACCAGGCGGCAGGGCAUCACUGUGCCACCAGCUCCCUGCCCCGUUCUGCUCCUUGUACACUGGGCUGGCCUCGAUCUAGUGCUGCCAACGCCACAUCUUCCUCUUCUUCAUCGUCAUCCUCCUCACAGCAGAUACAGCAACGUAUCUCUGUCCCUCCUAAUUCAAGCCAAGGCUCAGCCACCACCUCCCAGCCCUCUACGCUGUCCCCACAAACAGAGCGAACAGAUCCCCCACCGGCAGUGGCCGUACGUCCCUACGUCCCGGACCAUCCCUCCAGGCCUCAGUCACCCAGGAAGGGCCCCGCCACAAUGAACAGCAGCUCCAUCUACAGCAUGUACCUCCAGCAGCCUCAGGCCAAAAACUAUGGAUCUCUCAGCAACAGAACUACUGUGAAAGCAGUCUAUGGUAAACCCAUCCUCCCCACCUCCUCCACCUCUCCGUCCCCUGUCCCUUUCCUCCAGGGAGGAGGAGGAGGAGUAAGAGCAGGAGGAGAGGAUGUAACAGAUAAAGAAGGAGCAAAAGGAGGAGGAGGAGAAAGCAGUGAUGGGCAAAUCAUCCCUCCACCAAGUGUAGAUAACAUCCCCCGUCCCCUCAGUCCCACAAAGCUCACCCCAGUUGCCCACUCCCAGCUACGUUACCAGAGUGAUGCUGACCUGGAGGUUCUCCGCCGACGCCUCAGCAAUGCUCCACGACCGCUGAAGAAACGGAGCUCAAUCACUGAACCUGAGGGCCCACAGGGGCCAAACAUCCAAAAACUACUGUACCAGAGGUUUAACACACUGGCAGGAGGCAUGGAGGGAGUCACAGGCAACACUUUCUACCAGCCCGACUGCCUUUUGGGUGACAUGGACAACAUCCACUCAGCCAAUGGGAAUGUAGAACCUGGUGACAAACACGUCUGUAUGGCAGCUGUGGAGGGCGAAGUUCAAAACCUGAACUCGGACUCCCAACGCUUGUCACCUCCUUCUGUUGCCAUAGAAACAACCAAAGAGAAGACAGUAACAGUAGAAACUACCAAUAAUGUGUCCCCGCCGACUCAACCCAGCCUAUCCCCUGCGCAUGAUAGGCCAGAGGACCAGAACAAUAACAACCAGAGAGGAUCUAGUCCCUCCCACAGCUCUGUAGCCCACACCACUCCAUCACCUCCUGCACCACCUUCGCAGCCUAAGGUGAAGCGAACCAACCUGAAGAAGCCGUCAUCAGAGCGGACCGGCCACGGUCUCCGAGUCAAGUUCAACCCUCUAGCUCUGCUCCUGGAUGCAUCGUUAGAGGGAGAGUUUGAUCUGGUGCAGAGAAUAAUUUAUGAGGUGGAAAAUCCCAGUAUGCCUAAUGAUGAAGGUAUAACUCCUCUUCAUAAUGCAGUCUGCGCUGGACAUCACCAUAUUGUGAAGUUUCUGCUGGACUUCGGAGUGAACGUAAAUGCAGCUGACAGUGAUGGAUGGACCCCUCUGCACUGUGCGGCUUCAUGUAACAGUGUCCACCUGUGUAAGAUGCUGGUGGAGUCCGGGGCGGCCAUUUUCGCCACAACGAUUAGUGACGUUGAAACAGCAGCAGACAAAUGUGAAGAAAUGGAGGAGGGCUACACACAGUGUUCUCAGUUUCUCUAUGGUGUUCAGGAAAAGUUGGGUGUGAUGAACAAAGGCUUGGUCUACGCUCUCUGGGACUACACGGCCCAGCAGGCUGAUGAGCUGUCCUUCAGCGAGGGUGAUGCCCUCACUGUGCUUCGUCGACGUGACGAGACUGAGACAGAGUGGUGGUGGGCGCGACUAAAUGAUCGGGAGGGAUACGUACCAAGGAACCUGCUGGGGCUGUAUCCAAGGAUCAAACCCAGACAACGCUCACUGGCGUAAAGCCCAGAUUGGGAGCCACGUGCAUGCUCUCAGAGGGCGCAUGCAUACAGAGAAGAAGAGGAUGAAGGCAGAUGAAUUGGCUGAUAAGGAAAGAAAAAAAGAUGGAGGUAGUCAGGAGACUGAGAGAGGAAAGAAAGAGACAAAGAUGGAGCUCAAAGUUUUGAUGAACAUUUUUUUCUUGGUUUGUUUGGAUGUAACGCUGGAACCACAGAGCCAUGUUAUGGUAGAAUCAUAAUAUAUUUUCACUGAGUUGCUGCAGAGUACAAGAAAAUUGCCUGAAUCUUAUUUUGAGCAAAAGAAGCUUGACAACUUCACUAGAGUUCAGCCGCAUGAUGGACGCUGAAUAGAAAAAAAAAUCACCAAAAAUUCCUUAUCUUUUGGAUGCAGCUUCAAGAUCCACUUAAGUUCACUUAGCUGAAAACAUGAGACCAUGAGCUUGGAAUUAUAAGACUUCAUCUGACAUUAUCCAAAUAAUCUCGAUCUUUGAAUGUCACUAUUUUUGUAUGGUGUUAAUAAAAAAAAAACAAUAAAAAAAACAGUUGGAUCUUCAUAAAACCAAGCUCAUCAACUGCAUAGUGAAAAGAUGUCCUUUUUCUCUAAGGCAGUGAACGUAGUGUAGUGUCUGAGAACACUUUCACACUGUGUGGUGUGAAGAUUUUAAAUGCAGUAAAUUUACAGGUUUGACCAGGUGAAAGUAUGUGUGAGAUGUGAAAUGUGAAAGUGAGGUAGGAUAGAGUAAAGUGAGAGGAGAGAACUGAUGAAUGUGUGUCAAAGAACGUCAGGUUUUGUCAGCACUGUGGCUCCUGAUGGAGCAGUUAUUAGCAAUGCUAGUCAGAAUAGAUGUUGGAAAUGCAGCCGUGAGACUAAAUCCAGCAAACAUUUCACGCAUGGUAGCCGAGAGCCACAUCAACCAAUGCCAGAUAUCCACAAUAGAAUAUUAUGGCAUGGUAAAAAAAAAAAAAAAAGGUUUGAACUGAUAUCAGAAGAAUAUUUUGGUUCUGAUUUCACAAACUGAUAUAAGAAGCAUCUGUGAACCAUUAUGGAUGUCUCAACCUUUUAGUAUUUUGCAUUUAUCUUGACUCAGCGCUGGUGCAUGCUGUCAUAUCAACAUCUGUUCAACUGCAAAAUGGUUGCUGAUGGUAAAACCAGAGAAAGGAAGGAAAACUGAUUGGGUAUGGGAUGUGUUUUUGAAAUACAAAUGUAGUUGUAAAACCAAAGUAUGUAAAAGAAAAUUGGCUUAAAGGUGAGGGACAAGGAUAAGGAAUUGAAUGGACAAUAAUUUUUAUCUAUAUCGGAUUUCCACACAAAACUUAGUCCAGACUAGAGCCUCAUUCACACUGGUCCUCAUCCUGGUGUAGCACUGGUACCAGGCUCUGCAACUAACAAUCAGAUAAAGCAGUGUUUCCCAUCUGCCAACAGCUCUGUGUAAGGAUUCAAUAUUUGUCAGUCCACUGUUAAAUUAACACAUAAAGCUCCAGUGUUUAUUUUGACAACAAUGUCUUAAAAAACAAGUCAAUUUUUUUAAUUGUAAACCCAGUCUCAUCUCAUAUAUAUAUAUAAAUAUAAAUAUAUAUAUACACACACACACACUUUAUCCCUGGGCUAACUGGCUUGGUAUUCAAAUGGAGCUAAAUUAGCUCAGAAUGAAUGAAGAAGAAAAUGUGAAAACAACUUGACUUUUUCUCAAGUGUCAUCUCUCCUUUUAUUUUAUUUUUUUCACAUUUACAUAUUUCAAUAGUUGUAUUAAAUGUAUUAUUACGCAGAUUUUUUUUUUUGUUUUAUUUAAAACAAGAUAUUGUUUUUCUAUUAUUAUUAAUAUUAUUAUUAUCAUUAUUAUUAUUAGGAAACACUGCUCUAGUUUCUUUCUGUCAGUGCUGGUGCCACUCACUGCUGCCACCCAGUGUACGGGAAGGUUUUGACAAAAAAUAAAUUGUCAUUUCCUUUAACACAUGCUGUGUAAAAUAUGAAGCAAUAAAUUGAGUGAUGUUUGACGUGAGAAUGGCACAUUGUUCUGAUGAGUGUUUACCAUUACUUUGCGUAUAUGCAACCUAAAACUAUACAGCUUAUGUACAAUAAUAAUAAAGAAACCAUAAUCCCUACGGAGAAUCAAA